UCUUGACACCAAUUUUGGUUAGAGGUUGUUAACUCGAGAGCAACGUGUAUGACCGGCGAUCUGACUUCUCCCGGGCAGAAUGCUGGACGUUGGAUAGAAAUACACUAUUAUGCUCGUCCAAAUCCUGUAGUUCAUGGGACAGCGAAUGCAUUUGCUGCCCUGAGCAUCAGAGAGAAUGGAGAAAAUACAAACAGAUUCAACAGUGACGGAAAAUGUUGAAGACUGCCUUGAACUUUCAGAGAUUCGAAAUGGUAUAGAAUCUACACAAACCACAGAGAAGGCCCAAAUGCUGAGAGAAACCUGCCCGCCCCCUCUGCUGUCCUCGUACCCCGUGGAGGAGUUUGAGCUCCCCGCUGACCUACGACUCCAGGAGCUGCCUCUGUUCCCACAGUGGCACCUGCCACUCAAACUCACGGCCUUCCUGAUGACGUCCACAUUCCUCUACACACUGCUGAGGGACGUCCUGCAGCCGCUGGUCAGCCUGAGCCGGAAUGACUCCUACAAGAUUCCCAUCCUGGUGAUGAACAAGGUGCUGCCUUGGACCUCCAUCACCCUGCUGGCCACAGUGUAUCUCCCCGGGGUGUUGGCGGCCAUCUUGCAACUGCAUAGAGGCACUAAGUACAGUCGUUUCCCCGGCUGGCUGGAGGAGUGGAUGUCCGUGAGGAAGCAGCUGGGUCUCCUGUCGUUCCUGCUGGCCGCUCUUCAUGCCAUCUACAGCCUCAGUUACCCCAUGAGGCGUUCCUACAGGUACAAACUGCUCAACUGGGCCUACCAGCAGGUACAGCAGAAUAAGGAUGAUGCAUGGGUGGAGGAUGACGUUUGGAGGAUGGAGAUCUAUAUCUCUCUUGGAAUUAUGGGAUUUGGAGUCCUGGCAGUAAUUGCUGUGUCCUCCUUACCAUCUGUCAGUGAGUCUUUCAACUGGAGAGAGUUCCAGUUCAUCCAGGUAACAAAGGGAAAACUAAGUAGAAGACAUGUUUGUUCUUUUUCCUUUAUGACGCCUCAGAAUGUCAGCCAUCUUUCCACACCUUUCUGUUUGCCAUGCAGAGAACUCUGGGAUAUCUGGCUCUGCUGCUGUGCACGACUCACGCGCUGGUCUUUGGUUGGCGUAAGUGGGUGGAGCCAAAGCAUUACAUAUGGUACACCCCACCAUCCUUUAUCUUGGCCUCCCUCCUUCCUGCUGUUGUGUUAUUGGUCAAGACGGUCCUGUCACUGCCAUGUCUAGACCAAAGGCUGGAGCGGAUUCGCCGGGGCUCGGAAAGACCACACUCGCAGUGAAAGAGUGGGAGGGGAACGGACAUACUAUGUCUGCCAGUAGGAUAGACAUCAUGGUCAGUUGAGAUCGUGAAAAACGUGGAGCUAAAAGGAAUAACUCUGUAUAAAGUGCAUUAGCUGUAUGUUCCCUAUGGGACCUUGUUGCAUGGUGAUGUACUGUGUAUUAUAAGAAAAACACUCUACAGAACUGAUCCGUUACAGUGAAAACAUGAGUAAGAGGGCUAUCAAAUCAAACUUUAUUUAUACGGGGCAUUUCAUACCAGGAGGUAGCACAAUGCGCCUCACAGAAGGCUAUGGUAACAAUAUAGUGGGGAACAUAGAUACAUAGAUAGAACAGUAAUCAGAGUCAACCACACCAUUCCCUAAUGUUGAUUUUGUGGACAAUAUUUACAUUGACAAUAUUUACCCAAAUGACCUCAUCCAGUACAUAAUUUGGCAUGCUGCUGAGAGGUGAGAUUGUAUGCCCUGUAAAUGCCCAAUGGUGGAAAUAUGACCAACGACAUGGUUGUUUGAUGUGGUGCCGCGCUGAUACUGGAUCUCCCCUCGUGCUGGGCUGGCACAUCCAUUCAGGAUUUACUUCAAUUCACUGAUUGCUUGCCUUUUAACAAGUUAAAUCAGUCUUCAUCAAUCACAUGCAAAACAAAUCAAGGUUUGAAUGACAAGUAAUUUAGCAAACAUUCCACUGAAGCUUAUUCACUGAAACUUAUGAAGCAUGUGGUUGACCCAUAAUGAUAACAGAUUUAACCAAUUUGCAUGUCAUGACUUACACAAUGAAUAGAUUCCUAUAUUGUUUUAGGGGAUAAGACUAAACAGCAGAUGUUUGUACAUACCCCUACAUGAAUAUGCACAAUCAUUUGGAUAAUGUUCUUCAAAAGAAUGAGAAGUUGCUGUUAUGAUUGUGUACAAGUUACUAGAUGAUGUGGAGGUAUCUGCCAAAGAUACCAAAGUGACUGAGAAAAAAAUUAAUAAUUUUAAAGUUUACAUUCUGGUAGAAAGAAAUAUUAUUUAUUUAUUAACAGUUUUUGCACCCCAGAUACAUGAAAUGUUUCAUUGAAUAACUUAAAAAUAUGAAGUUUUAAGUAUCAGUGAGCUGUCUCACUACAUAGCAUAAUCAGAUUGUUCCACAUCUGUGCUUUUAAUAAAUGUUAUAUUUAGAUCAAAGCUUUUUAUAACAUCUCUGUCCAUGCAACACAUCUCAUUGUACUGGACACGAUCAAGACUAUGGUGUCUCUCCCCCGAACAUGUACCAUUCUGCCCAGCAGAUGGCAGUCUACAAAUGUUGAAAGCCACAGCCUCUGUAAAUGUGUGUGUGGUCGAUAUUAAAUUCUUCAAUGUAAAAAAAGUCACAAAUGUGUUCAAAGUCAGCAUACAUCUACAAAUUUGCUAGAUUAGUUAUCUGUUCAGCUAAAUCCAAACCUAAUAAAUAGUUAGACCCCCUAAUUUUAGCCAUAAAGAAUUCCUUUCUCAUUUACGGCGGAGCACAGUCUCUUAAGUAAACAAUUCAAGCAUUGAUGUCGCUUAAGAGAAAUAAUUCAUGCUUUACUUAAUGUGCCACCAUUCAUCUGGUAAACUGUCAUCACCUAUUUGUGCUUGGUUUGUUCGUGAGAUGGUUAUAUUUAUUUGCAUCACUUGCAGAAAUCAGAACCAUCAGAAAGUAAUUUAUAAAGUUUUUUCGGUUUUUUUUAUAUUUUCCAGGGUGGUUGAGACAGGCAUGAGGGAGAUACAGUACUGUAAACAAUGUUUAGUCAUAUUUUCACCUUUGGGCCUUACAACAGACAAAAGCUCACCUGACAAUCGUCUAUAAGGAUCUCAAUUAUGAGAGGGUGUUAGGGUGUAAGAAUGAGAAGGUGUAGGGUGUAAGAAUGAGAGGGUGUGUAGGGGGUAGGCUGUAAGGAUGAGAGGGUGUUAGGGUGUAAGAAUGAGAGGGUGUAGGGUGUGAGAAUGAGAGGGUGUAGUAGGGUGUAAGAAUGAUAGGGUGUGUAGGGGGUAUGCUGUAAGGAUGAGAGGGUGUUAGGGUGUAAGAAUCAACAUGAUAAAUGUGCUGGUGGCCUCAAAAGAAUGCUUAUUACUGCGUCAUUAAUUUUAUUCCGUAUUUUAUGGAAUGGCAAAGUUCUGUUCUGAAUGAAGGUGAAAUGUGUAUGAUAACUAUGGUUAAAUAUCAAUACUUCAUAAAGAAUUACUGUAUUGUGACAUGCAAGAUUUUCCCAUUGUUUUUCAACAGGUUGUAAUUGUUGCUACUGUCCAGUCUUUCAAGUUAUUUUCUGCAUCUUGCUACUACAUUCUUCUGCACAAUUUCAUUCCUUGUUGGGUUGGAGUUAUUGUCAUUGACAUGAACAGCAUUCAUGCAAAAUAAUAUUCAGUUCGUUGGAGGCAUGCAAUAAUCUGCUAUGGUGAUCAAUUAGAGUGAAGGAAAUAAAUAGUACAGUAGAACACAAAUCUGGAAUUAAGAAAUACACUUAUAGACUACAAUUUUAUAUUGACAACAUGGCUAAGCAUAUUUACUGUCUUGGUUCCAGACAAUGACAAAGGGACUUCAUAUUCAUUUUCAGCGAGUUGCCUGCUUUAGCUGGUAAUCCAUGGUGUAAUGUUGUUUGUACUAAUUGUUUUGAGAAACGCACUCACUUUUUUGAACAUGUUAAGAAUUAAUGUACCAAAGCCACUGAGAAAAACUUUAAGCAAGAACAACUUUGACUCUGCUCUCGCCAUGUUUUGAAUUAGCAGUGUUUUAAGCGGGGAAUCUCAUGAAUCCAUAAUGAAUAUAAAUAUGUCCAGCUGAUCUGGUCUAUGACACCAUAAUCAGUAUGUUUGUCUGAAACAUAGUUCUCUGUUAAGCCGGAAAGACACUGUACUAUUUUAGUCACAAUUCAGUUGGCCCAGACAAAUGUAAGAAUCGGCCUGAAUUUCCAUCAAAUUAGUUUUCGUAUAUCGUGCCGUUUGAGCGCAAUCAACGUUCCAGCUCCCGAACGACCGGGUUAGAUUUCUGCCAUGUCUGAAUUUCUUGUUAUCUGUCUUGUAGUGUGAAUAGGUACUCUUGUAGUGUGGAUAGAGUUUUUUUGUCCGUUCCGAUUGAAUCGUGUAGUGUGAGUUAAAACAUCGUACAUCUGUCCGGAUUUAAUGUAACUCCAAAGUACUGGAAUUUUCAGGUAGUGUUCCAGCAUAUGUCUGUAUCAGUGUAUCUGUACUGAGCCAUGACUUGCAUAUACCUUAAUUUUACAUUCAAUGUAAUAGUGAACCCUGGAAGAGUUUCCUUGUUUCCACAUUUUCAUUUAACUAUCUCUUUAACUAACAAUGAUUGAACAUUGUAUCUUGUACUGACUACUAUGUUGUAAGUUGAAUGUUAUCAACGUCAGUAAGUUCAACAACAGGUUUCUAAAUGGUUGUAUACUGUAAGAAUGUAGUAGAUUGAUGUAGAAACCGUAGACACUGGUCAGCACCCUCAUUGACAACUGGCUCAGAAACAAUUGGGAAAAUGUCUUGUAUGCCACAGACAUUUGUGAACCAAAUAAUUGUACUGUACCCAUUCACAAAACUGAUGAUCAUAGACUUUUCACCUCUAUUAAAAAAAAGAACCUCUGCUUUGCAAUGAAGAUAAAAUGAGAUGGAACUGACAGUAAUUGACAUAUUUUGAGGCCAUGAAACCAUUCCCAGAUGGUGUUUGUGGCAAAAGUUUUCAUUUAGCCAAAUUACUAAACCUUUCACACUCUUAAGGACGGAGAUCACCGUAGAUGAACCUUUCACACUCUAAGGACGGAGAUCACUGUAGAUGAUUCUCAAGGAGGGUAACAUUUCAGCCCAGUGGUGAAAAUAUGACUCAACUGAACUGAACCUAGUUUUAUGAGAAUAGUGACACAUUUAGUUUACUGUAAAUUUCCCUCAUGCUGACCUGGCACAUCCACUCUAGCUCACUGACCCAUGACCUUUUAGACACAUUUCCUGUAUUUGGACAUAUUGAAUCUAGCCUUACCAUCAAAAGUAAAAGUACAAAUACAGUGUCAAAGAAAGUGAUGAAAUAUAUGCUUGACAAACAAUGAUAAAUGGUUUAAUGACUUACACAGUGAGUAGAUGCUUAGAUGUUUUGGGAGAUAUGACCAUUCAAUAGAGAAGCUGCAUAUGCAUAAUACAUUUUGAUCAGCAUGACAUGCAAUUAAUAAUGUAGGUAACUGCAAACAAUAAGACCAACUAAUUUGCAUGGAUAGACCAUAGCAUUUGCAAUUUGUUCAAAAUAAUGGGAAAUUGCUGUUAUCAUGUGCACAAGUGACUAGCUGAUGUGGAGGUUGAACAGGGAGGUUUAAGAAUUUCAAUUCUGAUCUGAGAAUUGUACCAAAGCGACUGAAUAAAACUGCAAUACGCCCUUGUCAGCAAAUUAAUAGCCGUUGAGACUAACUCCGAGUUCCAGACGGUCCAAUUUGAACUGUCCACCAGGUGGCAAUCGAGCAUCACAGUGCAGGUACGUGCAGUAAAAACAAAAAAAAACCGCAUUUGACUAAGGACAAAUGUAUUUGUCAGAUGGCUCUAUGACAUUGAGGAAAAAACACAGGUAACAGGGAAACUGUAAAUAAGUAUCAAAGUUCCUCAAGUUUGACAUCUGUUGAGCGCGGAGUACGUGGCGAGGACGCGUUGGUAAUGACACAAUCCACCGAGACACGAUGAAUAAGAGGUGGAAAAUGACUAAUAUAUGUCAAAGCAUUUUGUUUAGCCCUUUAUAGUCAAAUCAUAUUAUACAAAAGUAUUGUACAGGCAGCAUGUCGGAUUUUCUGCGUGGAGCGUAACGCAUUUUCCUCUGGUUUAUGAGAGUGCGAGAGGCUGCGGAUGUAAGGGGAUUCUGCACAGCAGUUCAGCACCUGUGUCCACAGUACCCUCGACUCGUGUUGCACGUCUCAGCUGGAGUGAAAAGCAGUGAGUGGUGGCAUGUCAGUGAUAUUGCAGAUGAAAAGACAGUCUGCCCAGUGACCAGAGAUGGAAGUCAGUCAGUUAAAUAAACCCUCUGGGGUCCUGGGUCUAUCAAGGCACUUUUGAGCGCUUCUGUAUUGCCAUGGCAUUUUUAAAUUUUUAUAUUUUCCAACUAUUUGAUCCAAAUGAUUACAUUACUGACGUGAUAAUUUCUAAACUAAAGAAGAAUGAUACACAUAGAUACCCACGCUCUCUCUCUCUCUCUUUCGCUGUGUGUGUGUGUGUGUGU